CUCUUCUGUCUUCUCUUUGCCCAUUUCAACGGGACGACGGUUCCAUUUCGCAUCGAUCGUUGUCCGCUGCUCUUCUUCCUCCUUCAGGCCAGCGGGCAAGAAGAAGAAGAAAAAUCAAAGCUUGCGGGCGAGAGGCGGUGCCCGGCCGGCAAGCGAGCGAAGCCAUGGGUGGCGGCGGCAGCAACAGAGGCGGCGCCGGCGAGGAGAGCGGCAGCGACCACGACGGCGGGCUGCGGAAGCCGCUGCUCCACACGGGCAGCUGGUACCGGAUGAGCUCGCGGCAGUCCAGCGUCGCCCCCGGGGCCUCCUCCAUGGCCGUCCUGCGGGAGUCCCACGUCUCCGCCUUCCUCUGCACACUCAUCGUCGCGCUCGGCCCCAUUCAGUUCGGCUUCACCAGCGGCUUCUCCUCCCCGACCCAGGACACCAUGGUCCGGGACCUCAACCUCUCCAUCUCCGAGUUCUCGGCGUUCGGCUCGCUGUCCAACGUCGGCGCCAUGGUCGGGGCGAUCGCCAGCGGGCAGAUGGCCGAGCACAUUGGCCGUAAAGGGUUGUUGAUGAUUGCUGCAAUCCCGAAUAUCAUCGGUUGGCUUGCGAUCUCCUUUGCAAAAGAUGCCUCAUUUCUUUAUAUGGGACGAUUGCUUGAAGGGUUUGGUGUCGGCAUCAUAUCCUAUACGGUACCUGUAUACAUAGCAGAGAUAUCUCCUCAGAACAUGAGAGGAGCUCUUGGUUCUGUGAACCAGUUGUCUGUGACCUUUGGCAUAUUCUUGGCCUAUUUGCUCGGCAUGUUUGUUCCUUGGAGACUUCUAGCUGUGAUCGGAGCCUUGCCCUGCACAGUGUUGAUUCCUGGACUAUUCUUCAUUCCAGAAUCUCCCAGAUGGCUGGCAAAGAUGAAUUUGAUGGAAGAUUGUGAGACGUCCCUACAAGUGCUGAGGGGGUUUGAGACUGACAUAACGACAGAAGUGAAUGAUAUAAAGAGAGCAGUGACAUCAUCAAGUAAGAGGACUACAAUAAGUUUUCAAGAAUUAAACCAAAAGAAAUACCGCACGCCACUACUUCUAGGAAUUGGCCUACUUGUACUACAAAAUUUAAGUGGAAUCAACGGUGUACUGUUUUAUGCAAGUAACAUCUUCAAAGCUGCUGGUGUUACAAACAGCAACUUGGCCACCUGUUCACUUGGAGCUAUCCAGGUCCUUGCUACUGGAGUUACGACAUGGUUGUUAGACAGAGCUGGACGACGCAUGCUUCUCAUUAUUUCUACCUCUGGCAUGACUCUAUGCCUUCUUGCUGUUUCUGUUGUAUUUUUUGUCAAGGAUAAGACUUCACAGGAUUCUAACUCGUACUACAUAUUAACUAUGAUCUCCUUGGUUUCUAUCGUGGCUUUUGUCAUUACCUUCUCGUUUGGUAUGGGUGCCAUUCCAUGGCUCAUGAUGUCUGAGAUCCUCCCAGUUAGCAUCAAGAGUCUCGGCGGAAGCAUCGCAACACUGGCCAACUGGCUGACAUCUUUCGCCAUAACAAUGACGACGAACUUGAUGCUAACCUGGAGUGUUGGAGGCACUUUCCUCUCGUACAUGGUUGUGAGCGCCUUCACCCUUGUUUUUGUCGUGCUUUGGGUGCCGGAGACGAAGGGAAGAACUCUAGAGGAGAUACAAUUUUCGUUUCGCUGAGCAUUGAACAUCAGUUGCAAAGAUUCUUCGAGUUUUUCUCUUGGAAGGCAAGGGUCGGUAUCUGUUGAACAGGAAAUUUUGGGCAUCCUUCUCAACGCACACAAAUUUUUUGAAAGGACUCAACGUACACAAAUUGUCCUAGGUGAAGAUCACGAAUUCUUUCUGUUGAUACGACACGAUGCUGUCAAAAAUAUUUGACAUGUAAAUGCUAGAGCAGUGACUCUUAUCAUAUUGCUCUCUUCUUGCCUUCAGCGAUGCAAGAUCAACAGUGCAAUGUCAAAGUAUAUGUAAAAAUGGAUGGUUGGGCGCUAACUGACCAAUCCCAGCUUUCGAAUUUUGUCGAGCCC